AUGACUCAUUUGAUCUACAGCAUUUCGCCAGCUUGGUCAGCUAAGUUCAACUAUUGGUUUAUCAGUGUUAUUCUUCACUUAAAGUGUAACUCUAUCCAAAGUAUAGAAAUAGACAACUACAAAGAAACGAAUGAAGUGGUUGCACCAGCCGCAAAUCAGAGAGUUGUAAAUUAUACCACGCGAGAUCAGACGAUAUGGACCUCCUGGAGAAUUGAAGAGAAGAUAUACAAAUCUCAUCGAGAUCCAUUGCCUUCUAAAGCACGAGGGCUCUUUACUGUCCAUGAAGAUGGAGUGCAUCGGGUUGUAGUUAGAGGCUAUGAUAAAUUUUUCAAUGUUGGCGAGACCGAUGAUACACAGUGGGAUGCUUUUCGCGAAGGAACAGAGGGACCUUAUGAUGUGACACUUAAAGAAAAUGGAUGCAUUAUUCUCAUUUCAGCCCUUUCAGAAUCCAGUCUUGCUGUCACAUCGAAGCAUGCACUCCCUAAAGUUCAAGAUGAUGAAUAUUCCCAUGCAGGAGUUGGAUACAAGUGGUUGUGUAAACAUCUUGCUUCUGUACAUAUGACAGAACGAGAUUUAGCAGAGUGGAUAUAUCAUAAAGAUAUAACAUUAGUAGCAGAGCUAUGUGACGACGAGUUUGAAGAACAUGUGUUGGAGUAUGAACCGGCGAAUCGAGGUCUCUACUUACAUGGAAUUAAUUACAACACUAUGGAGUAUCACACUGUUCCUAUGGAUGCAGUCCGACAGGUUGCAGUAGUUUUUGGUUUCUUUCCCCCGGAAUACAUUUCGCUACAAAAUAUACAGGGUGUCGAAGAUAUGAGCCAGGAAAUGCAGCGCACCCACAAGUUCCUGGGAAGAGAGGUGGAAGGAGUUGUUGUGCGUUGCAAGAAAGGCGGAAAGGACUUUCAAUUCAAGAUCAAAGACAGACAAUAUCUACAGUACCGCGAAUACAGAGAAGUGACAAAUAUUAUCCUCAGCGCAAAGGAUAAAAAGAAGGAUGCCAAAAAUGUUUGGAAAAGAUAUGAAAAAACAAGUGAUUAUAUUGAUUGGCUGGAAAGUUUGAUACAAACCGAUCCUGACCGAUUAAAAGAUUAUCGAAAGAAAAAAGGGAUUAUUUCAAUGAGAAAAGAUUUCGAAAAAGAGAUUAAAUCGAGAUAGCUCUCGGUUCACAUACAAUAAAUUUUAUACUCAUUCAUACUCGUCUGUAUCUGCAUACUCAUCCUUCAUAUAAAAUGUUGGCAUUACCAGUGAAGCACGAUCAAGAUACCACUGUCCACAAUCCAGUUUUAGCAGAGUGGCAGUCAUGACCAUGUUUGUCAAUAGCUCUUUCACAAUGCUGUUUUCCAAUUUUACUUCAAAUAUAUCGUUCUCGUUGUCAUAGUCCUGUAGAAUAACUGAGAUAAAAUCUUCAUCCUUGGCCUCUUCGGGAAUUGGUGCGAUACUUUUUAUUUUGACAAGGAUUUGGUACCGGCGAUCAACGACAUGAGCUUUACUGAUGUUCUUUAUAAACGGGUGGACAUGAGCGCGUGCUUCCACAGAGGACAUUCCAACAGAGUCUGCUAAAAAGUCGUCGAUUAAUCCCUGUGUUUUGGAGUUUCCUACAGCCCAUGACAUGUCCAUAGAAGCAGCUGCCUUGAGUUCGCCCUCAAAUAGCAUACUACAAGCCUUGUUGAAAUUUCCGGGCAACAGAUUGGAGAC